UGCUGCACUACACGAAGUUUAUAAUUAACUGUUUUAAAAUCAGUAUGGCGUUUCUUCCUGAUGAGUGGCAAGAUGACAAUCGCAUGAACUUCAUGUUCUCCGCUUUUUAAGAGAAUAGAAAUGACCCGAAGCACUGGGAAAGUAAAUUUCAAUUCUGGAAAAGUGUAGCCUCUCAAAGUUGUGACUAUUUUGACAAACUUGAUUUUGAUAUUAACGUUUCAAAAACAAGAUUUAAUAGAGAUCGUUUGACACCACUUGGUAUUUGUACAGGUCUAAAAAAAAUUGAUACAUGGAGUGCAUGGUCUUUGGGAAAAGCAAAAAAGUCGCUCUGGUGGACAGUUGGAAAAGUUUGGCAAACAAAUGAAAUAGACAUAGGGUCGUUCCUACUGCUACACCUAGUCGAAAGAAAGGCUGAGAGAAUUCUUUCAUAUCAUUAUCAAUAUGUAAAACACUUGAUGACAGACAACAUAAUACCAUUCUCUUUGAUAAUCUUUGACUCUUCCCAAUUUCUUCUUUAGACUUAGAAAGUCCGAAACAACUACUAAAUUACAAAACACAAAACUCAACAAAGAAACUGAUGAGUAUGAAAAAUAAAAUUGGUUUUUCAAAGUUCAAUUCUUAAGUUUCUCUAACAGAA